CAAAGUUGACCUUACAAUGUAGUAGUAUUUAAUUAUUUUCAAACAAUUAAAAAAUAAAAUGCAAGGAGAGGGGGAUUAUAUAUAUCGUUAUUAUCAAGAAACACAAACUUCAUCAGAAAUAGUCUAUAUAUAUAAUCUUAACACCGAAAGAUUUAACAUAGAUCGAGAAAAAUCUUCAAACAACAAAACAAAAGUUAAAAAGACAUGAAGCAACAACGUUACUUGGUCGUCUUCUUCUUUGUCCUUUUCAGCUUUCUCCUGUUUGUGAAUCUGAGUGAAGGAAGAUCAGGAGGAGGAGUUGCAGAGGAAUAUUGGAAGAAGAUGAUGAAGAAUGAGCCAUUGCCUGAACCAAUCAAAGAGCUUCUCGACAAUCCAUUUAGGACAGCAAGAGAAAGGUUCGUCAAAAACUUCAACACCAAAUCUAUCGUCAUCAUCUACCACAAUCCAAAUGUAUAAGUAAUCGAAACAUAUGGCUCUUUAUUUAUGUAUGUAUCAGUUUAAUACAUGCACGUAUCUGUGUGUACUAAUUAAGUGAAGAACAGCUGCUUGAGUUGUUUAUACGCUAAGUAUAUUUUCCGUAGUGAAGAAAUAUUAACUUUAGCGAUUGAUUUAACCAUUAAUGUGAGUCUUUGUGUGGUAAUGGCUUCACGUUUUUUGUUAAAAUAUAUAAAUUAAUAAUCUACGUGCUUUGCUUUUUGUGUCUUUUUCUUUAUACCCACUUUAUGAAAAAAUUUCUAGUUACGUACAAAUGUACAAUUAAAAGGAUG